AUGUCGAGCGGCCAGAUAAUCUUGAUUACUGGAGCCAAUCGCGGCAUUGGCAGAGGACUUGUUGCUGCCUUUCUUCAGGAACCAAGCACAACGGUCAUCGCGGCUGUUCGUGACCCUUCCAAAGCAUCCUCUACCGGGCUCACUGAGCUUCCUAGAGCUACAGGCUCGCGGAUCAUCGUCGCCAAGAUUGAUGCAGCCGACGAAUCCGCCGCUGAGGCUGCAGUCAGCGGCCUCCGAACCGACCACUCCAUUGACUCUUUGGAUGUGGUUGUUGCGAACGCGGGCAUAAACCACUCGGGAGGUCACGUCAUUCGAAACUCAACCCAGACAAUUCAUGACCACUUUGCCGUGAAUACGGUCGGACCGUUGACCUUGUUCCAGGCCACAGCUCCGCUGCUCCGAUCCAGCAAGAGCGGUCGCCCCAGGUUCAUCGCUAUCUCGUCCAAUACCGGCAGCAUUUCGGAGAUGGACAUCAUGCAAGGUCUCUCGACCACGAGCCCUUAUGGAGCUAGCAAAGCAGCUCUAAAUUGGUUUAUGCGGAGGAUUCAUUUCGACGAGGGCUGGCUUACUACCUUGGUCAUCAACCCAGGUUUUGUCCUGACCGACAUGGUGGCUGAGACCAUGCGAGGUUAUCCGGUGAAGCCUGAGGACCUGGGUGCUAUCACUGUGGAGGAGAGCGCCACUGGGAUUGUUGAAAGAAUCAAGACUGCCAAGAGGGACGUUAGUGGCACAUUUCAAAACUUCGAUGGCAACCCAAUUUCAUGGUAA